AAGCCGGCGUGGCCUGUUUGCGAUCUCGAACAAUCUCGAUCGAUGAUUAAGGUAGGCGCCUGCCCGGUCCACUUCAAGCGUCGUGACUUCGGCGCGACUACCGUCUUUCCUGGCAGCCCGUGCGCCUUUUCAGCUCCUCCAACCUCGUCAGCCUGUGCCUCUAAUUAG